AAAAAAUGAGAGAUCUUGUGGCAAGUCUAGAGUCUAGUCACGCUCGAGUUUUAGACGGUAGCGUGUAGGCCUAAAAAAUGAGGUCAGUAACUUUUGUUGAAAAUGUUGAACUAGAAUUUGAAGGAAAUUUACUUUCAAACGACGUGAUUCUAGGAGAUGUAAACAAUGAUGGAGAACAUGAGUUAGUUGUUGGGAAUGUUGAAGGUGACUUGAGUAUCUUUAAGGGAGAUUGUGUCAGUGCCUGGGCAAGAUGUACUGGCCUGGGCAUGAUAACAUGUGUAGGAAUUGGUGAUGUUUUUAAUAAGCUAAAGAAUGUGGUUGUGACUGUAAAUGCUGAAGGAUGGUGCAAUAUCUUUCAGUUCAACUCAGAAGAAAAGAAACCAAAGGAAAUGGUGCCAUGUCACACCCAGCAUCUGGCAGCCAACAUUAAAAUGAUGCUUAUAGAUGAUGUGGAUGGCGAUGGGAUGUAUGAACUGGUCGUAGGUCACACCGACCGAGUCAUCCGAGCUUACAAAUGGAUGGCCAUCAAUGAAGCUGAUUCAAGUAAACCAAGUUCUGGAAGUCUUAGGCUUAUGCAGAUGUGGGAGCCAGCUGGCCAGAUUGGUUCGAUAGCGCUUCACCAUCAUGAUGGUAUUCCCAAGCUAGUGGCCUCCCAGCCCGGCUUCUGCUACGUGGAACUGAAGUGUAACUGGGUGGAGGACGGUAAAGAGAAACCUAAGAACGAGAACUCGGUGUUGAUAGUCACUCACGCCAUCUCAAGUGUGAAGGCUAGAAACAGCAGCAUCACAACAGAAAUAAGUGGACAUCUUUCACAAGGAACAAGUGUUGUUGAUGAACAUAAAAGUCAGCCAGACAAGUUUGUUCUCAGUUCAUUAGAUGGAAACCUGAUGAUGAUACAGGAAGAUAAAAUGGUGUGGUCAUACAAACUUGACCAUCAGCUGUUCUCGCUGACCACACUGGACAUCACUGGAGAUGGCAAAGAUGAAGUGCUGUGUUGUGCUUGGAACGGCUUGACGUACAUUGCUGACCAGGACAAUAACAUUGCCAAUUUUAGAUUUGAAGGCAACGUGUCUGCAUUUUGUGCUGGAAAAUAUACAAUAGAUGGUCAAACUAACCCAUGUUUAGUGUAUGCAACGUUUGACAGCAAAAUAUAUGUGUAUUACAAUGUCAAACUUCCACGAAUCAAUACAAUAAAUCUGUUUGAUCUACUGGAAUCUGAUGAUGAUUAUCUUGAAGCGCUUCGACGUCGCGGCAUUGAUGCGACAGAUAAAGCAGCUCAAGCCAGACUUAUACGACAGGUACUAUAUGGUAGUGGAUCAAGUCCUGGAACCUGAAGUUAGUUAUGCACAACUAUGCCUUCCUUGCACUUAAGUAGACGAGCUCUGUCAGCCUCUGACGCUGCCUCGGGCUCAGAGAUGCACCCUGUUUAUAAUUCCUAAAAUCUGUGUUACUUCUUUGUGUCAUGGGAUCCAAAGGAAGGAAGUUUUCGUAAAUAAUAGGAUAACAUUUCUGCAGGAAUAGUAUUGAUUAUUCGUACAGUUAUUUGCGGAAACACGGAUGCCGUGUCAGAGGCAUGUAAACACAGCUUGAUGGUCUGUCACAAAGAGUUUUGUGAGUUUAAAUUGAAAGACCAGAAUAGAACAAACAAUAUAUGUGGUUAAAAACAACAACACCCAUCAGAAUGAGUUUCUUGUGUGAUAGAAGGACCAGAACAGAACAUAAGUGAAGAUUUAAACCAAGCAAUUGCUACUCACUUUUUUUUAGUCAUAAAAAGUCACAGGUCAAUUUUGUAGUUACUGUUAUAUAUUAGGUGGCAAUUUAUUUCACAUGACAAACAUACAUGGAUGCUCUGAGGCUGAGGAAGUGGAUUUGUUUUGGUCAUUUGAAAAUAAAUCCUCUAACAGGAAUUGAACCCAGAAUUACUGUCUAAAGUGCUACAUUCUCCUUAAUUAUUCUUCACAAAUGCAUCUUACGACGGACCAAUCAAACUCCGCCUGUGAGCGUUAGGCGACACAACAUCAUCUGGCGAUCCAUUGCGCGCAUGUGAUGGCGUUGUGUUCUCUAUGGAAUUUCGUAUCGGCUGAUGACUGGGGCACAGUGAGUGCUAAGUCACACUAUGGGAAGAGGAGUCACAUGUUUAGGAUUAAAAAGGGAAAUAUCUUAACCAAGCCACAGCAGCACUCCAAAUAAUUGUACAAUAAACAGAUUGGUAGGAUGUGAUGAGUAAUAUUCUGGAACAAUCUUAGAGGAAAAAACUUGAAAACCACAUUUUGAGACACCACACUGUGGCCUUCAUACUACAGUGGCUCAAGAGCAAAAUAUAAGAAGUGAGGUCUAGAAAACAAACCUCACUUCUGGCCAAUCUUUCGCCCCACCCAUGUUAUUAUUGCAUUACUUUUUCAUAAAGAAUUUGUAGGCACUAAUCAUCAACGGUCAAAUGGCCGGCAGCCUACACAUUUCAUAAAUUCAACAUUGAAUCCAAGACCCAUCAUAACCUAGUAAUACGCCACUGUACAUUUUACCACAUUUAAUUGCACAAUAUACCAACAAUAUUUGGGGAAAAAAGAGUGGUUUAUGUUUUAUAUUGACUGAAUGAAAACCAGUUUUAAUUGCUAUCAUCAAAUUAUCUUUAUGUUACCAUAAUAACAGUCUUUUUCAAGGCAAUCUUUGAGUCUGCAUUUAUUUUACCUCUUUAGGAUCAGCCCAUAGAAAAUUGUUUUCUAAAACUCCAUGACACAAAACAUAUAGUGGCUAUAAGCCUUACCUGAUUCUCCUGUUUAAAAAAAUGAUAAUGUUCUUGUAAUCAAUUAAAGUUUUGAAGAUUUUCAUGGAUGGAUAGAUAGAUAUAUUCUGUGAUAACCCAUGAAAGUCUGAGAAAAAGUUAUUUCCAGUGAAUGGUUUUCCUUGUUUACUUUUUACGUCUCAUCCGAAAAAUGGUGCGGUAUCGUAACUUGCAUUUCAGCCCUCCAGCUAAAAUACAAGGAGAGAAGCGAUGGGAAUUGAACCGGGAACUUAUAGAUUUCCACUGUUCAGCGAUCACACAGUGGCUAUAUUUGUUUUUCGUUUUGUUAGCUCAUUAAGUUUUUGUAGUUUCCUUUUCUAAGGGCUGGAGGCCUAUAAAAAAUCAAUAAAUGUCCUAGACCAAGUAUUUAGGAACGAACAAAUGGCUGCCACCAGUUUAGCCGACUGAGCUAAACAGCUUUCACUAUUCAUAAACAACACAAGCUCUAGGAUUCUGCAAAUAAGGCACGUGAGUGGAGAUAAAGUUACGCCAGGAUAUCCCGCAAUGGUCUUGCUGUUAACUUAAUAUUCUUAGCUAGGAUUUAAGGCCCAUUAUUGUAGCUUCUAGGUAAUCAGGACUGGGGUACGCAUUAAUCCUGUUCAAUUGCUAGAGUUUAGUUGGCUUGGGAAUCAUGUGAUAAUGUUUAAUGUGUUUAUACAUAGGACCCAAUAAAUAUAUCUCAGAGCGCUUUAUUGGAAUACGUCAGCAAGAACAAUAACAAACCAAAUCUAAUAAAUCAAUCCUAACUCUAACCAAAGAAACUAAGGAAAUACUCUGAAAUAUCAGAGCAGAACUGAAACAAAUCGCAAUCUCCCAUCACCUGAUGAACGAAUAAGUUUGAAAUAUAAAUUUAUGAUAGCUGCACAUAUUUUAUAUAACUACCAUCACUGUGGCAAUGAAAGUGUGAGAAAUAAAAUAAUUUGUUAUCUUCUAACAUUUAUAUAAUGUAAAGCUUUUUUUUGUUGUUAGCCUUGCACACACUACAUAUCAUAUGUUGGACGAAUUUAAAUAAUAGUUAUGACAAUGUCUAUUUUAAGUGGAUGGAAUUCACCGAGUGGUUCAGAUGCUUGAUUUAUUAAUUGAUUGCCUUUUUAAAUCAUGAGCCUUAGCCAAUAACAACUCUACUUAAACAUGAAA